AUGGAGGAGAUGGGCAUUGAGAUGCUCACAGAGCUCGCUACAGCAGUAUUAACUUCUCCGGAUAAAGCCACACGUGAAGAGGCGUCUCGCAAACUUCGUUUUAUGAGCUGCUACGAUUACUGGGAAUUUGUGAAGACACUGCUUCCGAUGUGCGAGAAUAACUACUUGCGUUUUAUUGUCUGCAAAGCGAUUCACUUUAUUGUUAGUAAUGAACUUGGUCCACAAGAACGUAGAGAGAUGCAGGUUUAUGUUUUGGAUUAUUUGACACUAAUGAAUGAACGUGGUGAAGAGCUUCCAACGUACGUACGAAACGAGUUAUACUCUAUCUAUGUCUCUAUAGUGUACAUUAACUGGAGACUAACUGUAAUAUCUAUGGAGGAUCAUUCAAAAGGACUUGGAAAACGUAUUAUAGAUGAGUUAUCAUCUCGUCUUCCUACAAAUCAAGUGUUAGAAUGUGUAUUGGAGAUACUAACGUACUUUUCCAAACAAGAGUCAAAGGGCUCUUUAGAGCAUGUACGUGCGGCUUGCGCACGAGAUAUUCUUCCAUAUCUUUUUCAAUUUGGUGUGAUGAAUAUUGCUCAAUAUGGACGUAUGGCACUUGAAGUAAGUUGUACAGCUCUAGAAACUGCUCAAGUAAUGAUAGUAGAACCAAUUAUUACUGUUCGACUUACAACAGAUGAUAGUAUUUAUUUGGAUGAUGCUUCUGUAUGGUUUCCUGCAUUACCUUUUGCAAUGCAAGAGUGUGCUACUGCUGUUUUAGCACUUCCUAUGACAGAAUUAACUACUUACUAUGGACGUUUUUUACGUAUGGGAUCUACCCUUUUAUGUGUUGAUCAAGAGUGGUUUCAAGUACGAAAUACAUUAAGUGCAUUAUUUCUUGAACUUUCAGGACAGUUACUCGAAGUUUAUCUUUCAUCAGGAGUUACCUAUAUGUUACAAUUAGGUUGUGCAUUAUUGAUUAAUUUAUUUGAACGUGAUGAAGGAGUAGUAACAUCCUAUAUAUUCAAUCGACCGGAACUUGUUAGUCGAUGGGCAGAAGCGGCAUGGGGUGUACUAGAUAGGUGGCAAGAUGAUGAAGAAGAGUUACGACAAGAACUUAUGCGUAUGUUUUUUCUUUUUGGUGAUCGAGUUAUUCCUCGUGUGGUAGGAUCUGAAAGAGAUGAUAUUCGUGCAUCCCCCAUUACAGCAGAAGUACUGCGAGUGGCUCAUUGCUAUUUUGAUACUGUUAUAGCAAAGGCACAUCUCACAGAAGAUUCUAAUGAAAUGCGCAGUGAUGUAGGUGUUAUGCUACAUAAUGAAAAGACACUCCUUCCAGUUGCAGAGAUGUUAUUCUGGGAGCGUCUUGAUCUUUACCCUACAAUUCUAGAGCGUCUGGUAAAUACUAUUAAACAGUAUGAUGCUUGUAUUCGGGCUCGUGAAUCAAGUGACACUUCAGGAUUAGGAGAUAUAAUGUUAUCACUUGCGGUGGAUGUGGACUCUCUCAUUCCUGCACUUAAUGUCUCGGAUGUGCCUCUUUUUCUUAUGCAUGUGUGUCUCUCAAGACUUUCUGUCAUUAUUUCAAUAGUGGCAAUUUCCAUGCUUAAUGAAAGAAGGCGUUCUAGUGAUGAUUUAAUUGGUGUUAUUGCCCAAUUUGCACAAAAUCUACUUUCAACAGAUGAUGCAUUGACUAGUGCCUUUCUGGAAGAUCUCUCACUGGCAGAUAUUGCUGAUAGUGGUGGUCAAGGUGGUAAUGGUGGAAAUGGAGGUAAUUCUGGUGAUGGUAAUAAUAAUAAUAAUAAUAAUAAUAAUAAUAACAAUAAUAGUAAUAAUAAUAACAGUGGUGUUGUACAGAGUUAUCCAGCUGGAGGAGAGAAGAAAGUUCAUUUGGGAAUGUUAAGAGCUCUCUUCUUUUUUUGUGGUUGUGUUUAUGAGUCUCAGUCUGGAGAGAGUAGAGGUUUUUAUGAAAUUAUGAUAAACCUUCUGCGAUAUGUUUAUUUAUACCAUAGCGAUAAACCUUGUCUUGCAACAGAUGCGAAUAAUUUGCUUGGAAAAGUGCUUGGACAGGUUGUACGUGGGUGCUUUUUAACAUCAGAUAAAAUGACAUCUAUUUUGCUAGCGGUUAAAGAUGAACAAAUUGAGUUAUUACGAGCAUCAAGCGAUGAACUUACUACAGAUGCAGGGAAAGCUCGUUCUGGUUUUCUUUCAGCUUUAACAUUCUUUGUUGAAUCUCGUUAUUAUGCUGGAUUUUCUACAUUGGAUGUUCUUCAAUAUAUUAUUGCCCGUGCUUUAGAACAUGAUCGUCUCUUUUCUGAUCCAAUUCUACAAUUACGUGAUCUUCUUGCUAUAGCAGAUGGUAUUCAUCAACCGGAAGGAUUUUUCUGGAUGCUAGAAGCUGUAAUUGAGGAAAGUGAUGAAGUAAGGGAAUUAUUAAAAGUUAUUCCUUCUACUGCACCUUUGGUACUUCGACUAUGUUCUAAACUCUGCAACUUGGCAUCACUUCUUUUACGAGAAGAUAAUAAUUGUGAAAUGAGAUGGAAUUUGGUUGGAUUUUGUGUUGUAGCUGUUACUGGAGUAGGAAAUUCAGUAAAUCUAACAGAUUUAUGGGAAAGAGAUUUAAUUGAUACUUUUGCCAUGGAUAACGCAAAUGAGAUGGUUUUAUAUGAUGUUGCAGAUAUAGUUUAUAAUUUGAUUGGUUCUCGAUGGUGCAAUUUAGGUGUUAUGUUGAUGUACACUGAGGACUUUCUUGAUGUGUUUAGGGUCUUUGUAUCUCUCUUUUUGUCAACUUCAGUGGAACUCUUGAUGUCUCGAAAUAUGUACAGAGAACGAAUUUUUCAUGCCCUUAUGAAAGCUUUUCUUUCAUCCGAUAUUCUUGAAAUGCGGUUACGAAAACUUUUAGAUACACAUGGGAUGUGGCAACCAUUAUUGAUUCAUAUGACAAAGUGUUUACACUAUGCAUUUCUUUUAUAUAUACUAGCCGCGAUUGACACUGCAUUUAUGUGUAUGGAAAGAUCUGGCGCGACUACUAAUCUUUCUGUGAGUGAUGAGGUAAUUGGUGAUAUAUUUCAGGAAGUAGUGAUAUACAUUGCUGUAAGUGCACAUAUGGAAGCGAAAGAAUCAGAACUUUGUUUUAAAGUACUAAUAAAAUGUUUUCAGUGGACACCCACUGUCUGCAGUGCGAGAAUGGAAGGUUUACUGGACUUUUGUUCCGCUUAUCAUCGUGUGCGUCUGCGGCAUAUUUUUACGCUUUUACGCUCUGGUAAGGCAGAUGCACUUAUGUCCUAUGUUGCCGUAUUUGGAAGAGGCUCAAAGGUUCACACCUUAUCCGCAUGGUGA